AUGUGCGACGACGAUCGAACUCAGACACAGGCGGUGCGAGAUCUGGGUUUCUUCAGGCUCCAUAGUCAUGUAAUGCCAACUGCACCAGAGACCUACCUCCUCGAUCACUUGGACCACUUCGUCCUCUUCACCUCUCGGUUCUUCUUCUUCUUCUUCUUCGACCUCUACGACGACUACGGUUCCGAUUACGCUUUCAACCACGUCAACACCAUCGACCAUAACAACGACUACACCUUCACCUACAACUACAACAACCACUACAACAACCACGCCUUCAACCACGACUACAUCUUCGACUACAACCACAACCACAACCACAACCACGGCUACGACCACGACCACGACUACAACGACAAUCACUACCACGACUACAUCCGCAGCAGUCUAUUAAUAACGUACCAAAACGACCCGACGAACCUCAACGUCAACGGCUACACAACGGCAUUGAAUUCCCAGGCCUACUUUAUCGACUUUGAAUCCACCCCCGGAGACACCUUUGCCCUCGACUCUUCAACCGGAUACAUAAGCGACGUGACGGGUGCGGCCGCCGGCGACCUUGCCUUCUACUCUACCAGCGUGGGAGCUACAUCGUUCAUACUUGUCUCGACCGCAGAUUACGCAGCUUCCCAAGGAGGCACGCAGCUUAUUUGCAGUCUCGAUGGUGACGACAACCUCUCUUGCGACUUCGGAGAAUCCCCCGGUGACUUCUGGCUGUGCGGUGGGCACCUCAACAUUGUUCAGGCUGGAUACGACUUCACCAACACGUGUAGCGCAGGAACGGCGGUCGAAUUGGGGAGUGUGAAAUUGGUUCCGACUGUUUAA